CCCCGACCCCGGCCCCGGCCCCGGCCCCGGCCCCGGCCCCGGCCCCGACCCGCCCGCCAUGGCCCGGGACUACGACCACCUCUUCAAGCUGCUCAUCAUCGGCGACAGCGGUGUGGGCAAGAGCAGUUUAUUGUUGCGUUUUGCGGACAACACUUUCUCAGGCAGCUACAUCACCACGAUCGGAGUGGAUUUCAAGAUCCGGACCGUGGAGAUUAACGGGGAGAAGGUGAAGCUGCAGAUCUGGGACACGGCGGGGCAGGAGCGCUUCCGCACCAUCACCUCCACGUACUAUCGGGGGACUCACGGUGUCAUCGUGGUGUAUGACGUCACCAGCGCGGAGUCCUUUGUCAAUGUCAAGCGGUGGCUGCACGAGAUCAACCAGAACUGCGACGACGUGUGCCGGAUAUUAGUGGGCAACAAGAAUGACGACCCCGAGCGGAAGGUGGUGGAGACCGAAGAUGCUUACAAGUUUGCCGGGCAGAUGGGCAUCCAGUUGUUCGAAACCAGUGCCAAGGAGAACAUCAACGUGGAAGAGAUGUUCAACUGCAUCACAGAGUUGGUCCUCCGAGCCAAGAAAGACAAUUUAGCCAAACAGCAGCAGCAGCAACAGAAUGACGUGGUGAAGCUCACGAAGAACAGUAAACGGAAGAAACGCUGCUGCUAAUGCCGCAGUGGCGGCAGAGACUGAACUGUGGCCGCUCCAGGCCCAGCCCGGGCCCGGGGGGGACAGGCGCAGUUUUGUGCCGUUAUUUAAAGAAUUCUCUCCACGUCUUUUGUAUCGGGAGGCACCGUCAGCACUUCCCUCCCCUCUUCCCUUGAGUGCCAAGAAGGUGCUGGACAAGCCUGCCCUGCCCUGCCCUUCUGGUGCCCCUGACCCCGGCCAAGGCGCCCGGGCCCGGCGAGGACAAUGCCAGCUGUGUGGACUGAUUAACCAGAUUUGUACAUAAUGUAUAUUGCUUUUAACGGCCACGUCCCCCUCGUCCUGCUCCGGCUUUGCCUCCUCAAUGCCAACCUGCUGCAGCAGUCCUGUCUCAUCCCAUUCCCUUCUACACCUUCGGCUUUUGGAGGAGACAGGCCUGGCAUCUUGCUGGGGUGGGUCCCGUGCUUAGCAUUCUCUUUCUCCCCUCCAGGCUGUGGCAGUCCUUGGCGCAGAGGGUCUCUCCAGGGACUCUUCCCAACCCAGUUCCUGCCCCUCAGUACUGCAGAGGGAGUCACUCCGGCCCUUCGGCCCUCAGGUUUCUUGUCCUGCCUUCUCAGGGCCUCCGAGCUUAAAUUAAAUGCCUGGAAGCCGGGGCUGCUUAUAUAGACCAACGAGCGGCGGUUCCCACAGAUAGGGGGUGUGUGUGCGGGGGCAGGCAUCGUGGGGCGGGUGGGCAGACAGGAGCCUCAUUUUAACUGGUAAAAUGGAGCCAAAUCAAAUGAUGGUCCUCAUCCUUAUUUUCCUGAGUGGCAGCAGUGGCUUCCCACUCUGGGGCCUGUGUUUUUAGAAAAAGUGAAUGGCUUCCUGUCAUUGUGGGCUUUUGGCAAAGCAGCUGCCUGCCUGGCCUGGCUGCUUUUUGGGAAAGGGGCCCCCCGCCUUGUCUCUGCUGGACCAAGGCCUCGGGUUUCUGCUGCAGCUGUAGAGACUGGACCCGGGUGUGGACAAGGCAAGGCAGGUUUGUUCUGUCGGUUCCUUAGUUAAGCUGGGAAUGUGCCAGGGAGCCAGCUCUACCCCACCUCUGUCCCCAGGAGGAGAAACUGGGGUUCCCUGUCCUCAAUGACCAGAGGCCCCCCUCAGGACAUUUCAUUUCCCUUCCUCCCCCCCCCCCCCAAAGAAUCAUGUUAUCUGGGAGUAAUUUAUUUUAACAUCGCGUGUUAGGAGGUUUCUUUUCCCGGGUGAUUCCCAGGCUAAGCCUUGAUUGGACAAUCAUCACAGGCCGUGUGCAGAUUUCCCACGUUAACCUUGUGGACGGGUUUUUAAUCAAAGAGCCGGGUGUUCGGAGCCCAGACUGCCGAGAGCCUGAGGGAGCGAUGGGUCUUCUCCUCCAAGCAGUAGGUGGGGUGGGGGCAACGGGCCUGGGAACUCGGUGCUGCGGGGCCCACCUGCCUGCCUCGUUCCCAGGACCCUGGUGAUGGUGGUUGUGGGUUCCGGAAGGACAGGGAUGCAGAACCUGGAGUUCCAGGGGUGGUGUUGGCCGCAGACACUCGAUUCGGAGUCUGGGGCCGCCAGUAUGGCCGUGCUUGCAGAUCCAAGCGGUGAGGAUGGGGGUCCUGGACAAUCUGGCCGCCCAGAGCCCACUGUGGCUUCUGGCGGCAGGACAUGGACCCCAGUGGCGGGUGAUUUGGCGACUGCCUGUCCUGCUGAGUAUCACGCAUGAUUUGGGGUGGGGGAGGGGCUUACAGGCUCAGACCGUCUGGUGUCCUGGUGGAUCUGAUGUGAAAUUCCCGUUGAACAACAAAACUUCAAUGGUUUGCUAGGACUAUUUCUGUAUCGAAAGUUUCUAAUGAUGCUUUUUAAAAAAAAAUACUAAAAAUAAAGGUUCAAGCUGCCAAA